AUGGCUGCUGAAAUAAAACCUGCACCGAGAACACCUAACGACAGAUUUUCAACAACUAAAAAACCAGCACUUUUGAGUAAAUUGGAAGGUUGUACCGACGAUGUCAACGCUGCGGUUGUGAUUCCUGGGGAGGAUGGAGUUAUUAGUGUUUGCGAUGAUAAGACAGUCAGGGUAUGGUUAAAGAGAGAUUCAGGUCAGUACUGGCCAAGUAUUUGCCAAUACAUGCCAUCAGGCUGUACAUCAAUGUUCUACACUCCUGAAACACGUCAGCUCUUCAUUGGUCAAGAAAAUGGCACAAUAUCAGAAUUUACUCUUGCUUCUGAUUGCAAUAGAAUAAAUCCAAGCCGUGAGUACCUGGCACAUACAGCAAGGGUGACAGCUGUAGUAUUUUCUCUGAGCUGCGAAUGGGUGUUAUCAGUCAGUAGGGAUAAGCUGUUUUCUUAUCACUGCAGUGAGACUGGAAGGAGGAUUGGUGGUUAUUCUUUUGAAGCUUGGUGUACCGCAUUGCAGUUCGAUUCUCAGUCAAAAUACGCGUUCAUUGGCGAUUAUAGUGGGCAGAUAACAAUGUUAAAACUUGAUAACAAUGGUGCAACACUAGUAACGACUUUGAAAGGACACACUGGUUCGGUGAGAGUAUUGAAUUGGGCACCAAUUCCACAGUUGUUGUUCAGUGGCUCCUUUGAUCAAACUAUUAUUGUAUGGGACAUCGGUGGGCAAAAGGGCACAGCUUAUGAAUUACAAGGCCAUAGCAACAAAGUGACGGGCCUAUGGUACGUGGGCGGGUGCCAGCGGCUGGUGUCGUGCGGGGAGGACGGCGCGCUGGGCGUGUGGGAGAUGGGCGUGCAGCGGCGGGAGACGCCGGCGUGGCGCGAGGCGGACCUCUGCCAGCUGUGCCGCGCGCCGUUCAUAUGGAAUGUUAGGGCUAUGAUGGAGAAGAAACAGUUGGGUCUCCGCCAGCACCACUGCCGCUGGUGCGGCGCGGCGGUGUGCGGCGCGUGCUCGCCGCACCGCCUGCCGCUGCCCGUCAUGGGCUUCGAGUUCCCGCAGCGCGUGUGCGCCGCCUGCUACGACACGCUGCGCCACGAGCCUCGCGAGUCUCUAGCGUCGUUCCAUGACAUGAAGCACGCGGUGGCGUCCCUUUUCGUAGACGAGGCUACGGGCCGCAUGUGUACAGCGGGAAAGGACCGGGUUAUUAAGGUAUGGGAUAUCAGUGUGCUGCUCGCACCCGCGCCCAAACCCGGUACCAGUGACCAA